AGAACAAGAUGGCGAAUGGUGCGUGCGAUGUUCGUGUUUACAACAUUAUCAUUCUUGGACUGGCUUUUAUGUUCAUAUUUACUGCGUUCCAGACAUGUUCUAUGGUAGAGAAAACCGUCUUGGACAGCGUGGGGAAGUCAAACAAUGACACUAACAACACUUUUACUGGAAAUGGCUACACAAGCCUGGGUAUCAUCUAUGGAGUAUUCUCUGUUUCCAACUGGGCAGCUCCAUCUUUUGUCGGUUACGUAGGCCCCAAACUGUCUAUGAUCAUAGGAGCAGUGUUGUAUCUUCUGUUUAUCCUCUCCUUCCUGAAACCUAUGGAAUGGGCUCUGUACCUGGGGUCAGUGCUGGUCGGCUUUGGGGCAGCUAUUUUGUGGACAGCCCAAGGAUCAACGUUGACAAUAAAUUCUGAUACAGAGACUGUGGCACGGAACAGUGGUAUAUUCUGGGCUCUGCUGCAAUGCAGCCUUCUGUUUGGGAACAUGUACAGCUACUUCGUGUUCAAGUCCAAGAGUGUGGUGACAGACACUGAGAGAACCGAUCUGUUUAUUGGUCUGAGCUCCGCAGCCCUGCUAGGAAUCAUCUGCCUGUUUCUCAUACGAAAAAGACGAACAUCUGAUGCUGAAAAUCUUGUCAAUCUGAAUUCCAGUGGUUCACAAAGUGCAGACACUGCUCUUUCUGCUUUAAAACGGUCGUUUCAGCUCCUCAAGACAAAGGAAAUGAUCUACUUGAGUUUUGCAUUUGCAUACACAGGUCUUGAAUUGACAUUUUUCAGUGGAGUAUAUGGAACGUGCGUAUCCCACAACCUUCACUUUGGGGCUGAGAGAAACGGUCUGCUUGGGUUGUCAGGAAUAUUCAUCGGAGUUGGGGAGAUUUUAGGUGGUGGCUUAUUCGGCCUGUUUGGCAAGAGAACAAACACUCAUGGCCGUGACCCGAUAGUGUUGUUUGGCUAUCUGGUACACAUGUUGGCAUUUCUUCUCAUCUUCUUGAACAUGCCCUCUAAUUCUUCCCUGGUGGACUCGGCCGAAGCUACAUACAUCGAGUCAAACAAGUAUGUGGCCCUGGUUUGCAGCUUUCUCCUAGGAAUGGGUGACAGCAGCUUCAAUACACAGCUCUACUCCUUGCUGGGCUACAUGUUCCCAGAAGACAGUGCUCCAGCCUUUGCCCUCUUCAAGUUUGUACAGUCCAUAGCUGCAGCAGCUGCGUUUGCCUACAGCAUCUUCCUGAACCUGCAGUGGACGUUGCUGAUACUUGUGAUCACAGGCACGGUUGGCCAAUACUGCUUCAAUGUCAUUGAGUGGAGCAGUUCACGCUCCUUGCAUGAUGGAUACGUGUCUAUAGACUGAUGAUCCUCGAGAGUGGGAAUACUAAAGGGAGAGAAUCCAUUCCUUGUUGUACAGCCAGCAGCAUUCGGUGAUAGAUCCAGGGACGUCACCAUCGUGUAACUGCGUGCUUUCAGCUGUGUGUAUGCGAAUGUGAUAUGUUAUGCACCUCAAGCCACAGUGCUGGUGUUGCUGUGAGGUGGGCUUGUAAAGAGAAGCCUUGAAACGUCUGACAUGAUGGAACUGUAGUACAUGCUUCUAUGUUGAGAAUAUCUUUGAUGAUGUUCCGAGGUGAAUAUUUUAUGAAAAUGGUGGUAAUGGUACAAAAAGAUAAAAGACAUGUUGUACUUUUUUAUGCAAUGCAAAAGUGAAAAUUGUUCCAGAAAAUGUGUCAACACCUCUACUUUUGUUUGUUGGUACAUCUAUUUGUACAUAGUCUUGUUUUGUGCUUUGUGCGAUGUAGAAAAUCUGUUUUCAUAUUCAGAUAGGAAUUGAACAUAUUUUCAUGUUUUUUAGCUCAGUCAGUUUUGUAUACUUUUUGUUUUUGAUUACGUUUCUUGCCUGAACAUGUUAAUUACUUUUAGAUAAAAAAAACUAUGUUUUAAUUUUGAGUCUCAUAAUAGGAUUGUUUUGUAGUUUUGCUGGUGCCAAGUACAAGCCGAUCAUGUCAGAGUAGGUUAACUUGCCAUGACAAUCACUUUGUUGGAACAUUUCAUAUUACAUGGUUUUCACAGCUUCAAAGGGGAAAUGUUUCCACCCAUCUCUUGUAUAUGGUAUAUGUGCUCAAAUGUACAGGAUUGUAGACAAAACAGAAAGUAGUGUUAUUAAUUGAUGUUUAACAUUUCCCAGCUGAUGGUUUGAUGUGUACAUAGUUGGAUUGUGAUAUAGUUUAUUCUACAACAGUACAGGUACCGUAUUCACCAUAUUAAACACCCUGCUCCUUACCAGCUUCUAGUUGUAUCUGUAAGUAGCCUGUUUAAGCUCCCCCACUACUGAGACUAAAACUUGACAUGGCAGUGUGUAUCUUUCAGAUUGUUUUCACAAAUAAUAGCAGGACAUAGGAGGUAUAUAAUGGCAUUGAAAAAUAUGGCUUUGUAGUUUUGUUGAUGUUUACUGAUUGUCAUAUGGUUUGACAUUCACCACAUUUGUACUGAGUACAACAUAGCUCAUACAAUGUUACAUGUAGAACUCCGGUUUCUACGUCUGUACUUUUUUUUCAGUUGAGCAGCCAUUACAGACUGUAUUCAGCACCUGUACUGAUAUUGAUGGUCCAUACUUAAACACCACAGUUCUUUCUGCUGUUUUCACUAUGUGUUUGUACAUCAGACAUUUUGAGGAUAAUAAUAUACUUUUUUGAGUGAUUUUGAGUCAUCUACCUCAGUGUGUGAAGCUCCUAGUGCAAGAGGUUACUAGAGAACUACAGUUACUGGAGAGGGAAACUGUCUAGGGGCUGUCUGGUUCACAUGGCAACGUUUUCUUCUGAUUUUCUGUUUAAGAUUUAUUGUCAUUUAAUUGUCCAAAAAGUGCAAA